AUGAGUUGGUACAACAAAGAGAACCCCAAUAUCCAGACCGAGCAGACCACCCCCAAGAAGGAGUCGUAUGUCCAGGUGGCAUCCUCGUCGCCUAUCCAUGUCAAGUCGUCUCCUGCAGCUACUCCAGAAACAAACCCCCCAGCACGGGUCAUCGAUGACGCCAAACAAAAGGCCCUCGAGGCCAAGCGACAGGCCAUCAGACAGCACAAGGACUUUGGCAUGGUCAGAAGACGCUUCUACUAUCUUGAAGAAAGUGACAUUCUCAAAGGCUUCGUCAAGGGAAAGGGUAACUUGAGAGACAUAACCCAGUGGUUGACGGAUAACUACGACAAAACGGCGAUCCUUGCGGCGGUCGAAUCGAAGCAGAAGCAGAUCAGAGAGGCAGAAGCAUUGGCCAGGCAGAAGGCGUCGGAGGAAAAGAUGAGAAUCAGAUUGGAAAAGUCCGAACAACAGAAGCUUGAAAUGGAACAAAAGGAGAAACUUGAAAAAGAGCAGCGGUUGAAGGAAGAACAAGAAAUCCCUGUUUUAAAGCCCCACACAGCCGAUGACGAGGGCGACUCGCCUAUCAAAGCCCGCGGAAGGGCCAGGCUCAAGGGGCUCGCCUCUCCAACUAGAGAGAACGACCCGGUCGUAUCCACAAAGGUAGAAAUUAAGAAACCAAAGGUGUCAAUUUUGGAUAAGUACAAGUUCAAGCAAAAGAGUCAGUUGAGCUUGGAUCACUUCAGAUUUACCCAGCAACAACAAGAUGACACCCAGGAAGCAGCACCAAAAAGAAGAAAGCUUGUUAGGGGGUCCACCACGUCAAACGACACAACUCCAGUCGAAAAUACUCCUGCUGUGUCAUCACCUAAUCCUGAGGACUUGCUGGCAUCUGGCAAGCCCAGGAAUAUUGAUAUGCAAAUUGAUGAUUUGGAUAUGCUUGAGGAGAAAAUCAAACAAAACAGAAAAAUGAAUAAAGGUAAAAAGAAGUCUAGCAAGUACGAUGACGAUGACGCAGAUCUCGAGGAUGACGAUAUUAGUGAUGAUAUGUCUGAAGAAGAUGACGAAGCCAAUUUCUCCUCCGGUAUUACCUCGAUUGAUUCGCAAAUCCUUGAAUUUAUUAAUAAUGCCUCUGUUCAAGAUAUGAUAGAAAUUUGUUCUCUUGAACCUGCCAUUGCAGAAAUUGUUAUCUCGCAAAGACCUUUUGCAACUAUCUACGAAAUUGCCGAAAAUGACUUUUCUAAUGAAACCAGCACAAACUCUAGAAAGAGAAAGACUUUAGGGUUAAGAAUAAUCGAAAAUACCGAGUUUAGCUUGAAAGGCUAUCGUGCCGUGGACUCGUUAAUUAAGACGUGUUCGCAAUAUGGUGAUUCCAUCGCGAAGCAAAUGAAACAAUGGGGUGUCACAAUUACAGGAGAAGGUGAAAUGGACAUGGUGGAAAUUGAUCCUGUCAAUGAAGCAGCUGAAGUUGUGGAGAUCAAUGAUGUUAGCGAGGAUGAAGAGGAGGAUGAUUCUAUUAUUGUAACCCACCACAAGAAAAAGGGCUUGAGAUACAUUAAGCACAAACCAACUUUAUUGGCAGAUGAAAUCACUUUAAAUAACUAUCAACAAGUGGGUAUCAAUUGGUUGAACUUACUUUAUCAUAACAAGUUGUCAUGUAUUUUGGCUGAUGAAAUGGGUUUGGGUAAAACAUGUCAAGUCAUUUCAUUUAUGGCCCACUUAAAGCAAAAUGUUGAGAAAAAAGGCCCUCAUUUGGUUAUCGUUCCUGCGUCUACUAUUGAAAACUGGUUGAGAGAAUUCCAAAAGUUCUGUCCUGAUAUUACUGUUCAAGCCUACUAUGGAUCUGUCAGAGAUAGAGAAGAAUUGAGAUAUGAACUACGUGAUUCUGAUUAUGAUGUCUUAGUAACAACUUACACAUUGGCUUCCGGAUCGCUGUCUGAUUUUAAGUUUUUGAAGAAUCAGAAUUUCGACAUCAUUGUGUAUGAUGAAGGUCAUUUCCUCAAGAAUUCAGGAACAGAAAGAUAUGCAAAAUUGAUGAGACUUCAAGCAAAGUUUAGAUUGCUUUUAACAGGUACUCCUUUACAAAAUAAUUUGAAAGAGUUGGUCUCAUUAUUAUCAUUUAUGUUACCAAACUUGUUUAACGAAAAGAAGGACGAUUUACACGGUUUGUUCAAUCAAAAAGUGGGUAAGAUUUCAUCUUCGUCUGGCAACACUUCGACAUCAUCCCCUGCUCCGGAUUACAAUCCAUUGUUAUCAAUCCAAGCUAUUAGCAAAGCCAAAACAAUGAUGACACCUUUUGUCUUGAGACGUAAGAAGGAGCAGGUCUUGCAACACUUACCAGCAAAGUGUCAUGAGAUUGUGCGCUGUGAACUUACUGAGACUCAAAGGAAAAUCUACGAUGCUAAGUUAGAUCAUGCAAAAUCAACUAGGGCUGAGAGAGAGAGGAGAAAGUUGCUUACAAGAAAAGAAGAUCUCGAAGAGGCUAAAAACAACCCUAUUCCCUCAUCGUCGAAUGUUUUGAUGGCUUUAAGGAAAGCUUCAUUGCAUCCAUUAUUAUUCAGGAAUGAAUAUACAGACGAGAAGUUGGAGAAGAUGUCCAAAGUCAUCAUGAAUGAGCCAGAAUAUGUUGAGGCCAAUCAAAAUUAUAUUUUAGAGGAUAUGCAAGUUUUGUCGGACUUCGAAUUGAAUAACCUUUGUUUGAAGUUUCCUAAGACCUUAUCAUCUUAUACCUUACCGGACGAAGCAUAUUUGAAUAGUGGUAAGAUCACCGAAUUAAAUAAACUCUUGGAUAACAUCGUCCACAAGAGAAAGGAGAAAGUUCUCGUUUUCUCGUUGUUCACACAGGUGUUAGACAUCUUGGAAAAAAACCUAACAUUGUUGAACUAUAAGUUUGUCAGGCUUGAUGGUGCUACCUCAGUUGAGACUAGACAAGAUAUUAUCGAUCAAUUUUACGAGGAUGACACAAUUCCUGUUUUUUUGCUUUCCACCAAGGCGGGUGGAUUUGGUAUCAAUUUGGUGGCUGCAAACAAUGUGAUCAUCUUUGAUCAAUCCUUCAAUCCACAUGACGACAAACAAGCAGAAGAUAGAGCCCAUAGAGUUGGUCAAAAGAAGGAGGUCACAAUUUACAAGUUGAUUGUUAACAAAACCAUUGAGGAGAACAUUUUGCAGUUAGCUGAGAACAAGUUACAAUUGGACCAAAGUAUCAGUGCAGAAGGUAAUGAUACCAAGUUUGAGGAGAAGACUGCAAGCUUGUUCGAAAAGCUUCUUGUUGGGUAG